UGUCUUUGAGGAAGGCAAUCAGGGGUCAUACAUGUACUUUAUUGUCCAGGGGACCGUCGAUAUCAUUGUCAAGGGCAAGGUCGUUGGACAGCUCCAGAGCGGCGCCUUUUUCGGAGAACUGGCCCUUCUGGGCAACAUCCCAAGAACCGCAACGAUCAAGGCAACCUCUGCUUGCUCCAUGUAUCGGCUGUACCGAGAGCACUUUAUGAAAAUCAUCGACAAUUUUUCGGACGUCAAGUACAGGAUCCAAAUGAUCUUUGAGGAGCGAAUGCAGAAGGUCGAGAGGGAAAAGUCAAUCCAGUAGCAGCGAUAACACGAUGGAGAUAUGAAGGGGGAUGUGGC